CUUUUCUCCUAAAUAUUUCUGGCGAAAAAUACCGAAGUGUACGAAAAAGUAAAACGACCUAUUUUGGUUCGUAGAGUAUCAUCGCCUGCGAUCAUUCCAAUUUAUCAGUGGCGUUAAAAUAAUACCAAAGUACAUAACAAACGCGAAUGAAAAAAUCUGAGUGGUGACUGAUCGUAUCAAAGCAAAUAAAGAAUAAGGCAAAUAAAAGCCGACUACCGAUCUUAAAGGCGAAAAUCACAAUUUAAUAAAAGCUUGUGAUACAUUUAUUUAAAUAUUACAAAAAUUCAGACGUCUGAAAAAAAUAAAAUAAUUAUAAACGUUGCAUUAUUUAUUAAUAAAUAAAUGAAUCGUAAAAUUUAAAUUAUGCGUAAAUAUUGGGUUUAUUGCUUAUGGCGCGUCUACAUGAAAGAAGAAACAUUCAGAAAACACGCUAACAUUAUAACGUGAUUAACAAGCGGAAUAUUAAAUUAGAUUAGAUUUACAAAAAAAGAUACACGAUUCUACUAAAAAUUCUUUAUAUAGUUAACGUAACGUAUUUUACUUAAAAAAUAUCCACAAACUCAUUAUAAUAUUCGAAGCAAUAAAUUUUACAUAAACUGAACGUUCUAUAAUAAAAAAAUUUUUUUCAGAAGAAUGUAUGGUAUGCAUGUUGAUAUUUUAGGUAUCAACAACAAGUUGAUAUUUCUUUAAAAAUGUACACUGCUAAUAUUUUAGAAACUUUAAUCUAAUAAUAAGUGCAACGUACAUAAAUAAAAUAUAUUCCAAAUUUUAAUUUUAUAAUUAAUUACUGUAUUUCUGUGUAAGUUCUGUAUUUAAUUUUCUGAGAGAAAAGAGAAAGUAUAUUCCUAGGAUAUACGCAUCUGCAUAUAACAAAUGUUAUUCAACCGGAAUAAGAAAUUAUAAAAAGAAUUCUUGCCAAAGCUAAUAAAAAAUCAUGUACAAUAAAAACGCGAUAACAUCACCACAAUCUACCAGUUUGUAGUUACAUAAUUAACAAGGCGUUAUAAAGUAUGUAUUAUGCAUCAAUGUGCGUGUAUCAUACGAGUAAUCUAUUUCUAGUAUUCGACACGACGUUUAUAAUUAGCUGGAACAUGAAAUCGGAAAGAAAUAACGAAUCACGGCGCAUGCGGGAGACUUAAAUGGAGAGGGUGUAGUAAAGGGCGCAAAUAUCGCAAAACUUUAGCAGACACAGUGCUCGUUGCAAGAGUGUCGAAUCAACAUCGCGUUUCUCUGGCCAAGUGUCCCACAUUGCUUUGGUGCUCUCGUGCGUCGCGAGUAACGAUAGUUCGGUGUGUCUAUGUGAAAAAUAAAAUGCGAAAAUGCGACGAUAAUUUGCAUAUUCGAUUAUUUGUCAUUUGUUGUUAAUUUAUUGUAACAGCGAGCAUAAUAAAACUAAGGAUGACUAGCUAAAAGCAAUUGUUGACACGUAUCGUAGAGCAAGUUAGUGCGUUAAUUUUGAACUAAGAGCUCGCGCAUCAUUUAUGGUGAAUUCAAGAAGAUGCCAAUCGUGGCCUUGAUAUUCGUGUAUCAAUGCUAUUGCUUGUGACGUGCCCGACACUGGUCGCAGGAGGAAGUAGUGUAAGUGCGAAAGCGGAAAGUAUUCUUAAUCUCCGAUGGAAAGUGGCAUUUAUGUUAAGUCGAAAGAACGUCUCGCUUCGCUUGCCGAACGAGUUAUCGGAACGGAAGUGCUGUGCCAUUUCAGGUAGCGUGAAUUCGCUUGCUAUUGCAUUCCGGUGAAAGAAAAGACGCUUGCGUACGCGCUCGACUGUGUGACAGCUGCACGAAAUUAUCGUGGCAUUGAUGCAAUUACCGCGAGAUUUCACCGAACGAAAAAAGCAUACGCUGAUACUUCGUCGCUCCCGCAGAUUGGAGUUUAUGGAAAUUGAAAGUUUACGUUACAUUGAUACGCUUCCAGAUAAAUUUCCAGACAUGACAAGAAAGAAGAGAAACAUUGGCGUACAAAGAACGGAGUUAUCAUUUCGACAGCUAUGGACGCCGAAGCAAACGAGCCGGUCCAACAAUUAUAUUUACGUCCCGCCUAAUUAUGCUUUCGGGAAUAUCAGGGAUAAUCCUAAUCCUAAAUACUAUCGCGACCUUCCUCACUGUGAAAAGCUUCAACCAAGAGAUUUGCCACGCAAAAAUCGCAUGGCAAAUAUGGUACCAUGGCUGCUGUCAAUGUCGCUUAUGGGUGCUCCACAUUUUGCGGCUUACACAGGCCCCAACAUCUUAUCUAGAGAACUUCAAGCACCCGCGCUACCGUUAACUCCAUCAUCAGUUUUGACUGAGCAUUUUUCUUCGACACGCGCAAUCGAUCACAAAGGUUCUAUAUCGGCUUAUAAUGAACACGCUGGCUUACCAAAAUUAGCGGUAUCUGCGAAUAUAGGCAAUCCUUACGGAUCAACGCCACAAUUACGGCAUCAUGUUGCUACAUCUAACCUGGGAAGAAACGAUUUCUCAAGACCUACUGGAAGAGCCAUAGAUACAUUUCACACGGAUUCUCAUUCAGUGAACCAAUUAGAUUUCCAUGAUUUUGGUGAUGGCUUCGAGCCGGGACAUAUUAUAGACGACUACGUUGGACCUGCCAUGGAAUUAGUAUAUGCGUGGCCCACGAUCGACUUUGAAUUUAACAAUAUCGAAGAGCGAGACGACGCUAUAUUUAAAGGUGACUAUAUAGCUGAAAACAACUUGCCUUUAGGCUUAGAAGUCUGGCGAGACAAAGUCUUUAUUACUCUCCCAAAAUGGAGGUCUGGUAUUCCGGCUACUUUAUCCACCGUAUCAAGACAUACGAAGACAAAGAAUCCCAAAUUGAAACCAUAUCCUAACUGGCACUGGCAUCAAUCAGGAAGUUGCGACGGACUGAUAUCUGUCUUUCGAGUCCAGGUAGACGAGUGCGAUCGCUUAUGGGUUCUCGAUUCUGGCAAAAUAGAACUCGCCAGAAAAUCUAAGCAAGUCUGUCCCCCUGCCAUAUACAUCUUCGAUCUUCGCACCGACACCCUUAUCAGAAAGUUUAUCUUACCAGACGAGCAAAUCAAGCAAGACUCCUUAUACAUCAACAUCGCAGUGGAUAUCAGGGAUAACGAUUGCGGCUCUGCGAUAGCAUAUUUGGCUGAUGUUUGGCGAUAUGGUCUCGUAGUGUAUGAUCUCUUCAAGGACUCCGCUUACAGGAUCGAGCAUCAUUUCUUUUAUCCUGAUCCUCUUGCUGCCAGAUACGAGCUGCAUGGUAUAAAGUUCCAAUGGACUGAUGGGCUAUUCGGAAUAGCUCUCAGUCCUGUAGAUAUUCACAACGACAAAACGUUGUUCUUUCAUCCAAUGUCCAGCUUUCGAGAGUUUGCUGUGUCCACGUCGAUUUUUCGGGACAAAAGAAUCGCAGAUCGGAGCACGGAAAAAUUUAUGCCCGUUGGACGACCCAGAGCCAAGGACUACGGCCAUUCUUCAGGAUCCGCCAUUGACAGGAACGGCGUCAUGUUCUUCAACAUGGUCACCAGAGACUCCGUAUGGUGCUGGGACACCAGAAAAGAAUACAUACCGCAAAAUCUUGGGGUGAUCGGAACCAGCAAUGUAUCCUUAGUGUUCCCGAAUGACAUUAAAGUGGACCACGAACGCGAUCAAAGUGUCUGGCUACUUUCGAAUCGCUUACCGAUAUAUUUGUACGGAACUUUAAAUAGUGGUAGUAUAAAUUACAGAAUAUUUAAAGCGGAUGUCAAGGAGGCUAUUAGGGAUAGCGUCUGUGAUCCUAAUUAUGUAGUUCCUGAGUCGGAUCCGGGCCUCGAUGAUAUCUUCUAAAAGAAACUGUUGAUAUCUUUCAUCAUAGUAAAUUAUUGUUCGACGAUGCAAAUAAAAGUUAGAAAACACAUUUCGACAUUUAAGCAUUCUUUACAGUAAAGCUGAAGCGUCUAUCUGUUGUUAGCAGAGCAUUGUAAUUCAGUAAAGCUCAAGCAUCUAUCUAUUCUCGGCAGUGUAUUGUAAAAUAUUAUUUCAAGAGAUUAUAUAUUAGGUGUACAACUUUGUUUCCGCCGUUUUCCUAUAGAUGGCUUUAGCGGUAAAUGAUGGUCGAAAUAAAUAGA